CAGUUUUCUUCGGAUUUGGAUUUGCACAGGCCAAAAGCGACGAGAGCCAUGACAUUAGUGGCCGUGGCACCACCGUCUUCCGCCGUGUCACCAUCUUAUCCUUCAUGGAUAUCCAAACGCAGUAACCCAAGAAGAAGAAGCUUCUUCAGUGGCAACAGAAGUAGCUUUAGAAGGCUAAAACUACCUCCUCGAGCUGCUCUGGUUGAAGCAACGCCGAGCUCCGGCGUGCCUGCGCUAGGAGAUGGGUCGUCUUCCGUUAAGGUCCUUGCUCUUCCAGCGGACCGAGCCGAUGACUUGCAGGCCGAGGCCAGAGCCAUGGCACGUUCGGCCAAUGCUUCUGUCUAUAGCGCCAAGCUUCUAGCCGAGAAAUAUGGGUCUCAACCAUUGAAGGUGGCGGGAAGGACCCUGCAAGUUCUUUCUGCUUUAGGUUUAUUUGCGUUCAAGCUGUUCUUAGACCAAAGCAAUGGAAUUCUUGAUCAAAAUAAAAGAGUCCGUGCAGCUGAGCUCAGGACCAUAUUCACACAGCUGGGACCAACUUUUGUGAAAUUGGGUCAGGGCUUGUCUACCAGACCUGACCUCUGCCCACCCGAGUAUCUGGAGGAGCUCUCUGAACUUCAAGAUGGUUUACCCACGUUUCCUAAUGAAGAGGCGUUUUCUUGCAUAGAAAGGGAAUUAAGACUAUCUCUUGAGUCCAUUUUCUCUUCAAUAUCGCCAUCUCCAAUAGCAGCAGCCAGUUUGGGUCAAGUGUAUAAAGCUCGGCUGAAGUACUCAGGAAAACUUGUGGCUGUCAAAGUGCAACGCCCUGGCAUUGAAGAAGCUAUAGGAUUGGACUUCUUUCUGAUAAGAGGCCUAGGAUUUUUCAUAAACAAAUACGUUGACAUAAUCACUACUGAUGUUGUUGUUCUUAUUGAUGAAUUUGCACGGAGAGUUUUUCAAGAGCUCAAUUAUGUGCAGGAGGGACAAAAUGCUAGGAGGUUCAGAAAAUUGUAUGCAGACAAGCAAGAUAUUUUUGUCCCUGAUGUUUUCUGGGAUUAUACAAGUGCCAAAGUACUGACAAUGGAAUGGGUAGACGGAGUCAAACUAAAUCAGCAGGAGGCUAUAGAGAGGCAAGGAUUAAAGGUCUUGGAUCUUGUAAACACAGGCAUACAGUGCAGUCUUAGACAGCUACUUGAGUAUGGAUAUUUCCACGCAGAUCCCCAUCCUGGGAAUCUUUUGGCAACACCUGAUGGAAGGCUUGCUUUUCUUGAUUUUGGCAUGAUGAGUGAAACUCCAGAAGAAGCAAGGUCUGCCAUAAUUGGUCAUGUUGUUCACUUGGUUAACCGGGAUUACGAAGCAAUGGCUCGUGACUACUAUGCUCUUGAUUUUUUGGCACGUGAUGUGGAUGUUUCUCCAAUUAUACCAGCUCUUCGUGACUUUUUUGACGAUGCACUUAAUUAUACUGUGAGUGAGCUUAACUUCAAGACUCUGGUGGAUGGUCUGGGAAACGUUUUGUAUCAAUAUCCAUUCAAUGUUCCCGCUUACUAUGCGUUAAUAUUGAGGUCCCUCACUGUUCUUGAAGGCUUAGCGCUUUAUGCUGAUCCUAAUUUCAAGGUGCUUGCUGCUUCAUACCCAUAUUUUGCUAAAAGGCUCCUAACAGAUCCAAAUCCUUAUCUUAGAGAUGCUCUUAUUGAGUUGCUUUUCAAGGAUGGGAGGUUCAGGUGGAGUAGACUCGAAAGCCUGCUGGAGCAGGGCAGAAAAGACAGAGAUUUCACUGCUAGAGAGGCUCUUCAACCUGUCCUAAAGGUAUUAUUGAGUCCAGAUGGUGAAGAGCUCAGGAUUUUGGUUAUCAAAGAGGCUAUCCGUGUAACUGAAGCUUUUACCCUCAGCUCUAUAUCCGAUUCAUACAACUUCCUUCCUGACUUUGUGCGAAUCCUUAUUCCGAAUGGCAAUGCAAGUGGACCCUUUGUGAUGUCAAGUGCUGAAAGGAAAAGCUUGGUGGAACUUAGAGAUCAAGUGCUUCGAGUAUGGAGACUUCUCCAAUCCUCUGAGGAUUUUGAUCCAUCUCUUUUGCUACCUAUAGUACAGAUACUUCAACAGCCUGAGGCACGCAGUAUUGGUGGACGUGUUGUGGGUGGGAUCACUCAACGUCUUGCUGCACGAUUUCUGCAGCAAGUACUUAGAACUCAAGGAACAGUUUCUACAUAAGACUUUCUGCCCAACAGGUCUAUACUUUAUAGCUAAGGUGAUUAUGGGGAUGGAGUACAGAAACAGGACAUUCAUUUUACAAAAGAAGGUAAAUGAUAAGAAUACAGUUAGUUGAUUCUUGCCAAAGAAAUGUUUGAUUCUCUUCGUGGUUUUCUACCCCUUGAUUCGGUCCACAAAUUUGUAUAUAUUGCUCAUAAUUAUUGACGCUACUGUAGUGGUGACUAUUGCGGAGCAUCGGGAUAUCAUAAUGUGAUAUCUGUAGUAAAAUAGCAGUUGUAAAGGCGUCCGAUUCCUUGCUUCAUUCGGUAUUAUUGUCAUUAUGCAUUUACAAGUCAUUUUUUUUUUUUUUGGGAUAAAGUAGUUAUUUAUUUAUUUA